UUGGUGUAACCACUUCGUGGUGGUUUAACUAAUUUCUGUUUUUCGUGUGGAAUUUACUUUUAGGAAAGUGAAGAAAAUAAACAAAAGAUAACAAUAAAUUAAAGAAGUUUUUAAAAAUUAUAGUGUGCGUAAUUUGAAAAUUACUACAAACUAAACAAACAACAAAAGAAACAUAAAUGCAGUUGAAGGCGUUUUGUUUAAAAUAUGAAUCGAAAGGGAACGCGAGAACAAAAUGAUAUUUCGAUAAUCAUCGGGAAUUUGCCAAAACGACUACAGGAAAAAAUCAUCACACGCGAAGGGAACAACAAUAGCAGCAUUAACAGCGGAAGCAGCAAUAAUAUUGUAAGUGAAGGAAGCAGUAAUGCUUGCGCGGGCAAUGUUAACAUUUGCAGCGGUGGAAAGAAAGACCAUGUCAACAGCUCCAAUGCGGCUAAGGUGGCAGUGGUGCAAAAACCAAAGCCACAAGAAUGCGGUACAACUACCAACUCUAACGGCAAUGAGUUAACUUCCAUUGAUUACUUUUUACGUAUGUCUGCCAAGAGGGAAGAUGCAGAGGAGAAAGUGGAAUACGUUAAACCCGUUUUGGAAGCCAGCGGGUCAAUAACUAAUCCUAUGCCAAGGGAAACCCGAAGCGAAAUCCCAACAAACAUAGCUAUACCAGGACUAAUACGUCUUAAUGCAGAAGAUGCCAAAAAAAUUAAUGAAUGCAGUCAGGAUUCAAAAAAUGGUUUGCGUAACCAUGACCGACGUAAUCGUCAUCAGACCAGACAAGAAAUAUUAUCAGCAAGAUAUGAACUACCAAUGUCUCCCGUUAGACAGGUGCAAAAGCUUAAUCAUCCCAAGUGGUUCGAUGCAUUAGAUGAUGUUAAUGCAAAACGUUUGCCGCCACUAUUUGAGUGUCUACAGAAUAUAAUGAGUCAUAAUCUAGUAAUAGAGAACUGGUCCAAUUUGCAUACUGUACGCCAUGACCUUCAGGAAAUCUUUAAAAAUCUAUUACUGAACAAUGUUAAAUUUUGUUGUGAACAAAAAGUUGAUUCAUUCUUUUGGAAAGUACUCUUCUACAACAUGCGUGAACAUUUAAAGCAGCAACAAAAUUCACCCAAUGCCAUAAACUACAUACAACAAAUCAUAACUGAGGGUAUAGAAUUCUAUGAAGAUAUUUAUCAACAACUCUACGAAAAGUACUUGUCGAAAGAGUCUCAACAAAUAUCAUCAAUUAAUAACCUACAAAUUUCAACAAAUCAAAGAUCACAACACAAACUAGAUUUGAUGGCUAGAGUAACAGCUCAAAAGUUAUUGAUUUAUUUGGGCGAUCUGUGGCGCUAUAAAAUCAAAGACUUGCAGGGUCAAGAUUAUGACGUGGCGGCUAAAUAUUAUAAACAGGCCCAAGCACUAGUACCAUCAAAUGGAGUGCCAUACAAUCAAUUGGCUAUAGUUGCAAUACAUAAUCGUAAAAAAUUCGAUGCAAUUUAUUAUCAUAUGCGUAGUUUAAUGUCUUCCAAUGCCAUACAUUCGGCCAAAGAAAGUCUGUUGGUGUUAUUUGAUGAAAUACGUAAAAAGUAUGAAGAAACUGAAUUAAAAUCUUCCCCUAUACACUAUAAUUACAACAAUAAUAAUCAUCAAUCCUCAAAAUCUAUGCGCAAAGAGGUGUGGAUUUAUCCAGACGGUGUGCGUCGUUUACAUCGCACUGACCUUAACGGCAAUAAUAAUUAUAAAAUGAUUGUAAAUGAAGAGAAACGUUUUAGAGAAAUGACUACAGAUGAGCUUCUGCGACGCAUCACCUCCUUAUAUUUAUAUAUAAUUGGCAAACUAUAUACCGGAGUUGGCAUGGAAUCCAUAUUAGAGCAUCAACGAAAGUUAUUGUUACAAUUAAGCAUUUUAUUACAAAAUGAACCAUUGGCCAUUACCAGAACCAGAUUGUUGAAAAUGUUGGCAUUAAAUAUUUUUGCUUUAGAACAUAACUUAGAUAAAGACACCCGACGAUAUCAUGCAUUUAAUUUUUGCAAUCAAAUUUUUGGUUUAGUACUACGUAAAUCUCAUGAGCUUUUACAUACACUGAACACUAAUCCGGAAGAAUUUGAUGAUGAACAAUUUUUGGACUUGAACACAACAUUACAAUACAACCGAAUUUAUGUAUUGUGGCUUAAACAUCAUCUCAACAUAUGGGAGCCUAUUAAAAAUGAAGAUCACAUUUUCAUUAAUUCCUGGCUAGAGCUGGAAAAACUUUUCAAUGUUUUGCAACACGAAAGCUUAUACGAUGUUGAUCAUCAACACAACAUUGUUUUUGAAGAAGAUAUAUUUCUCAUGGGCUUUACACCUUUAGCAUCCAUAAUACCCAAAACAAAAAGCGAUACGUUUUCGGAAGAAUGUCUACAAUUGAAGGCCCGUCUUAAAAUUCUCAGAGAUUUUAAACAAAUUUAUUGUCAAAAUCAAAAACGUUUCGAAAAUGUUGCUACAUCACAUUUCAUCAAUGAAGACUUAAAUUCGGACAUUAAACAGGCCUUGGACGAUUUACAAAUUACACAGUCGACUAAAGCUGAAGACGGCGACGACGAAAACGAGGACAGUGACGAGAUUAAUGAUGAUAAUAAUGCAGAAACUAUUGUAGUCAAAGGAGACGUUGAGAAAUCCAUCAAAACUAAGAACUUAGAAUUGUGUUUAAAUUCAAACCCGGAAAAUAAUCAGUUGUCGCAUCUUUCUAAACUCAAAAGGGAAUUGGAAGCUAAAACUCAUGUUAAGAAAAUGUAUCACAAUAAGUUGGAGGAAAUUCUUAAAUUUGUUGAUACCAAGGUAUACAUCGAAGUACGUCCGAAAUAUCUAUUACCAGAUACAAAUUGUUUUAUAGAUUGCUUGGAAGACUUUGAGCAUAUUGUACACGAAUUCAACCGUUACACUCUAAUUAUACCACUAACAGUGGUAAAAGAAUUAGAUGGCCUUUCGAAAGGUGUAAAAGUCGACUCCUAUGAGCAAUCUUUACAAAAACAUCGUAUACAUCACUAUGAUGAUGUUUCCACAAGAGCCAAAAAAUCUUUGGAUUUUAUAAAAUCCGCUAAAAGUCAUGUCAAAUGUGCCACUACCAAGGGUUCUAUUAUAAAUGCGUCAUUAUUUGCUUUAGUAGAAGAGGAACAUGUUUCAAAUGAUGACAAAAUAUUAGCAACAGCCAUAGCAUUAACCAAAACUAUGAGUUCGGAAACCAGUAAAGAUGGCAAAUGCUUUAUACAAACUGAAAUGGUGCUAAUAACAACCGACCGCAAUUUACGUGUCAAAGCUUUAUCACGUAAUUUGGCCGUCAGCGAGUUGCCCGAAUUUUUACAAUGGGCCAAAGACUGCAAUUAAUCAUUUACAAAGCAGUGCUUCGUUUGUUUCCGUUUUGUUCUUACAAAAAUGAAAAUAUCAAACUUUUGUAUCAAACUAAAUUGUUAACAUUUUGCGAAAAAAAAAGAAUGAAACCAAAUCAACAAUCCCAUCAAAA